CAGUGUCCUGUGAAUUUUCUCCCACUUGAGAACACUCAUCACCAUCAACUAAAAUAUAUUACAAUGGAUAGUGACGAGGAAAGUCGGAAGAAAGGCAGGAACCACCAGAAGAGCCCGUCCCACCUGAAGCACGACAGCCACCACCGCAUCCUGGGCAACAAGAACACAGUGCAAUGCAAGGUCUUGAUGCUGGACGGAAGCGAUCUGUCCAUAGAACUGACCAAAAAGGCGAUCGGGAGCGAUCUUUACGAACAAGUCUUCUACUCUUUGGAUCUGAUCGAAAAAGAUUACUUCGGCCUCCAAUUCACAGAUGCCAAUAACGUCCAGCAUUGGUUGGAUCCUACGAAAGCAGUCAAAAAACAGGUUAAAAUUGGCCCUCCUUUUACACUACGACUACGGGUAAAAUUCUAUUCAUCCGAACCUAACAGCUUGAGGGAAGAACUAACAAGGUAUCAGUUCUUCCUUCAACUCAAAUCAGACAUCCUCGAAGGAAAAUUAGAAUGUUCUGAGAGCACAUCCAUUGAACUGGCAGCUUUAGCUCUACAAUCUGAACUCGGUGAUUACGAUGAAACAAUCCACACGCCAGCUUACAUUUCUGAAUUUAGAUUCGUUCCGAAUCAGACAGAGGAGAUGGAACUUUUGAUCCUGGAAGAGUUCCAGAAAUGCAGAGGGUUGACUCCAGCACAAGCUGAGACGAAUUACUUAAAUAAAGUCAAAUGGCUUGAGAUGUACGGUGUUGAUAACCACAUUGUUUUAGGAAAAGAUGGAUGUGAGUAUUCGUUGGGUCUGACGCCGACUGGAAUCUUGGUCUUUGAAGGGAAUCAAAAAAUUGGCCUUUUCUUCUGGCCCAAAAUAGGAAAGUUAGACUUUAAGAAAAAGAAAUUAACAUUAGUUGUAGUUGAAGAUGAUGAUAUGGGCAGAGAACAGGAGCACACAUUUAUCUUUAGAUUGCAUAACGAGAAGGCUUGUAAACACCUUUGGAAGUGUGCUGUAGAACAUCAUGCGUUUUUCCGUCUCCGAGCUCCGGUCAAAGGGCCUUCGGCUAGGCAGAACUUUUUCAGGAUGGGCUCACGGUUCAGAUACAGUGGGAAGACGGAAUUCCAAACUACGCAGUUGAACCGAGCAAGGAGAAGUGUGCAGUUUGAGAGAAAACCCAGCCAGCGGUAUGCAAGAAGACAAUCCCAUGUCUUGAGGGAAAAAAACAGGUCUGACCACAGAACAACAGUAGAUUGUGAAGCAUCAUCCCCUAGCCCUACAAGCAGCUUGGCAUCUCAUUCUGGUCCUGUUGCAGAAGAGAGGCUUGAUGUUUUACUCAAAAGCCUUGCAAAGGACUCUUCAAAUAUAGACGACAAGAACGACUCUACUUCAAUUGUCAGCAGUAAAACUGAUACUGAGAAAGGAUAUUUUUCUUCAGGUAUAUCUCUAUUUCAUCUUGAUUUUCAGUUGAAACCUAUAGACACCGUAGUUUCUAUCGAAAGUACCGGUGUACCCAACAACAAGGCUAUCAUCCCUACUGCAGUACCUCGGCCUAUUCCCCCGCAUCAACUAAAGUGUAAUAUUCUCAAAGCGAAAUUAGAAGAAGAGAUGAGAAAAUCACCACUUCCAACUGUAAUAGAAACUCCUUCGCCGAUUGAACCUCCUACAUCCCUUCUUGAUAUAAGUAUAGAGGAUUUACCAGGAGAAACGUCAAAAAACCAUCAAAAUAACUUGGACCAGGCUACAUUCGUUUCUGUUGAGGAUUCGGAAUCUAGAGUUUGUAUUGGCAACAAAAACCCCAAAGGUAUGAGUCAGUAAGUUCAAUAUAAUUUCAUCUGGAAAAAGCAGAGUAAGUUGGAACACUGUAACAUUCUAAUGUAAAUAGAGUUUUUUUGUAUAUUUUAAAAGAAAUAAUGUAAUUAUUGUAAACAUUUUGCUACGGGGUUGGCUGUUGGCAUUUUCUUGUGUUUAGUGUAUAUGUUGAUUUAUUGAGGGGACUGGAAAGUAAUGUCCUUUUCGCCCUUGUUAUUCAUUUGUCAUCAUUGUGUACUUCAAAGUCAUGCAGAAGACGUUUUAAUAUUAGAAUGACUUGUUUACUCUUCAAUAAUUAAAUCUUAAUUUUUUAUGUGCAAUUUAUGGUGAAAUGGGCAGCCAAAUAAAUACCAGAAGAGGUACAUAUUAUUGUAUGCUUUUUGAGUUUUAUUGUUGCUACCAAAAACAUUUGCGAUGUUUAACCAAGUGCAUUAUAUAGUCGUAGUUGCCAAAUGUGGUUUUAUAAGUUCAAAUCCAGCAAUUUUGAUUUUUUCAACUUGUAUCAAUCAGGAAGACCAACAGUUUUAAACAAUGACCUGUUAAACCUUAAAGGUGUAAGUGGAAGAAAAUAUUUGAGGAAUGUUGUUGACCAUCCAAGAAUAAUUGCAGUAGACUAGGUUUUUGCUUCCGAGACACAAUUCAGAAGUGUUUUUUGAUCACUUGAUCGCUGGAGAUGAAAAAUGAGGUUGAUAAUCCAAAACGUAAAAGACAGUGGAUCUCUACGAAUGAAUCGCGACGAAGUACAGCUAAGCCAGGUUUACACCUCAAUUUUUUCGGGUUUGGUGGAGUAUUCACAGGGUUGUUCAUUUUGAAGUGCUGAAAUGUGGACAAAUGCAGACCUUUACUGUGAACAAAAAGAUCGUUAAUUGAAAAGUGCUCAGCGACUGUCAACAAAAAAGGUUUUAUUGUUCAACAAGAUAAUGCGUCAUUAUACCCUGGAAAAAAUUAAUGAAUUUGGUUGGGAGGUAUUGCCUCACCACACUCACCUGAUAUUCUGCCAUAAUUUCCAUUUAUUCCGAUUGCUACAACAUUUUCUAAGUGGCAAAAAAAUUCGAAAAUUUGGAUGUUGUCCAAAAUGCCAUCUUUAGAUAUUUUGCUCAAAAAACAAUUGAUUUUUAUCGAUUUUAUCGACAUGGAGCCUAGCGGACCUUUGAGAGGGGCUGCCCCACCAACCGAGGACUCAUACGGCCACAUCGGGAGCCCUUUGUUUUUGGAGCACGUGCUGUGUCUUGUGCCAGGCUCCGGUCUACUUGUUCAAACGGUUUCCAAGAGUAAAAUUGUUUGAUUGUAAAAAGGACUUUUUUUCUUAAUUUUCAUAUAUUGAAUUUUUUAAUUGUCAGACGUUUGAUUUGUAUUA